UGCGCACGACUCGAUCGACCUCCGUCUAGUCUCUUCUUCUUGGCGCUGUUGCUUGUGAGCUUUCCUUUGAUCUCACACCAUCUAUUUCGCACAAUUCCAUCACACUAUAACCAGGUGUACUAAGAUUUACAAAGGUCAAGAACUGCUUAUUUCUCCAAUAAAGCAAUCCACGCAUACGAACUGACUGUUUAUUCGAUCCUGCAGUUCAUGCAUGCAUGGAGAAAGGGAAAUCUUCUGACUGUGAGGACUGUGGUGGAAAAUAUGUUCUGAUAAGAGAUGAAGAAGACCCAAGAUUGGCGUUGUUUGAAAAACCACUUCCAUGCUAUGGUUGUGGCAUUGGAUGGUCAUCUUUGCUUUUAGGAUUUUUGUGCCCAUUGAUAUGGUACUGUGCUGCAACUCUCUACUUAUGCAGAUAUUAUAACAAGGAUCCACGAGAACGAAUUGGCCUUGCUGCUUC